ACAAUGGCGAGAUGUGGCGCAAGACCCUGCUGGCACUCUUUACCAGCCACCAGUGGGUGGCACCGGCUGUGGCCACCGCCAAGUUGCACGCUGACUACCAGUCCCCUGUCUACUUUUACACCUUCUACCACCACUGCAGGCUGAGAGCCAGCCCGAGUGGGCAGAUGCAGCGCACGGGGAUGAGCUACCCUACAUCUUUGGUGUGCCCAUGGUGGGUGCCACCGACCUCUUCCCCUGCAACUUCUCCAAGAAUGAUGUCAUGCUCAGCGCCGUGGUCAUGACCUACUGGACCAACUUCGCCAAGACCGGCGACCCCAACCAGCCGGUGCCACAGGACACCAAGUUUAUCCACACCAAGCGCAACCGCUUCGAGGAGGUGGUGUGGAGCAAGUUCAACAGCAAGGAGAAGCAGUACCUGCACAUCGGCUUGAAGCCGCGCGUGCGCGACAACUACCGCGCCAACAAGGUGGCCUUCUGGCUGGAGCUCGUGCCGCACCUGCACAACCUGCACACGGAGCUCUUCACCACCACCACGCGCCUCCCUCCCUACGCCACGUGCUGGCCGCCGCGCCCGACCCCUGGUGCCCCCGGCACUCGCCGCCCCCCGCCUCCGGCCACCCUGCCGCCCGAGUCCAAGCCCGAGCCGGGCCCCCGGGCCUACGACCGCUUCCCCGGGGACUCCCGAGACUACUCCACGGAGCUCAGCGUCACCGUGGCCGUGGGCGCCUCCCUCCUCUUCCUCAACAUCCUUGCCUUCGCCGCCCUCUACAACAAGCGGGACCGGGGGCAGGAGCUGCGGUGCAGGCGGCUCAGCCCCCACGGCGGCUCGGGCUCCAGCGUGCCCGGCGGGGGUCCCCUGCUCCCUGCUGCCGGCCGUGAGCUGCCACCCGAGGAGGAGCUGGUGUCGCUGCAGCUGAAGCGGGGCGGGGGCGUCGGGGCGGAACCUGCGGAGGCCCUGCGCCCCGCCUGCCCGCCCGACUACACCCUGGCCCUGCGCCGGGCGCCGGACGAUUUGCCACUCUUGGCCCCCGGGGCCCUGACCCUGCUGCCCAGCGGCCUGGGGCCACCCCCUCCCCCGCCGCCCCCCCUCCAUCCCUUUGGGCCCUUCCCCCCGUCUCCCCCCACCGCUACCAGCCACAACAACACGCUCCCCCAUCCCCACUCCACCACUCGGGUAUAGGGGGCGACUCGGGGA